GUAAAAAAAAAAAAAAAAAAAAAGGUGAGUCUUCUUGGGAAGAGUCACUGGCUCCAUGCACCGCCCUACGCCCACAUGAGGUAGGCGCACCCGCGAGUCUUUGCACAUUUAACGUAUUCAAUUCACUUACCGUUGCAAACUCCACGACAGAGACCAACCCGAUGUGCAAGAGCUCUAAGUAAAUAACGACUUUCCACCCUCACAUCUGCUGCCAUCGAUCAUGGGCUUGGUCAAUGGCCCAGAUUCGGGCUCAGGCCCGACCCGGAUCACGAUCCUGGGCAAAGACGAUAUUGUCGUUGAUCACGGCAUCUGGCUUGACUUCGUGACUCAGGAUCUCCUCCAUCAUCUCAAAUCAUCGACCUACGCCCUUAUAACCGACACGAACCUCUUCGAUACUUACGUCCCGCCUUUUCAGAAGGUCUUUGAAGCCGCCGCGCCUGCUUCGGCAAGACUGCUCACGUACGCAAUCCCGCCCGGCGAAGCUUCAAAGAGCCGCCAGACCAAGGCAGACAUUGAAGAUUGGAUGUUGUUGCAAAAAUGCACGAGGGACACGGUUAUCAUUGCUCUGGGCGGCGGUGUCAUUGGCGACAUGAUCGGCUAUGUCGCUGCCACUUUCAUGCGGGGCAUUCGCUUUGUACAGGUGCCGACGACGCUGUUGUCUAUGGUUGACUCAUCCAUUGGUGGCAAGACUGCCAUUGACACUCCAAUGGGCAAGAACCUUAUCGGUGCUUUCUGGCAACCGUUCCGUAUUUAUAUCGACCUGAGCUUCCUCGAGACGCUGCCAGCGAGGGAGUUCAUCAAUGGCAUGGCCGAGGUCAUCAAGACGGCCGCCAUCUGGAGCGAGGAUGAGUUCACCGCACUCGAGACCAACGCACCCGCUAUACUGGCUGCUGUCAAGUCCCAGGGAGAAAAGAGACUUUCACCCAUUCGAGACAUUCUCAAGCGAAUUGUCCUUGGCUCUGCUUCAGUCAAAGCUGAAGUUGUCUCCAGCGAUGAAAGAGAAGGUGGCUUAAGAAAUCUGCUCAACUUCGGACAUUCUAUUGGUCACGCCUACGAAGCCCUGUUGACACCUCAGCUUCUUCAUGGAGAGGCUGUCGCUAUUGGCAUGGUCAAGGAGGCAGAACUGGCCCGCUUCCUUGGCGUGCUUCGUCCUGGCGCUGUAGCACGACUUGUCAAGUGCAUUGCGAGCUACGAGCUUCCCAUCUCGGUACACGACAAGAAGGUUAUCAAGCUGACAGCAGGCAAGAAGUGCCCCGUUGACGUGCUGUUGGAGAAAAUGGCGGUUGACAAGAAGAAUGAUGGAGCCAAAAAGAAGAUUGUGCUCCUCUCCGCCAUCGGAAAGACCCACGAACUAAAAGCCAGCGUAGUCCAAGACCACGUCAUCAGGGUAGUCCUAUCAUCGGCAACUCAGGUCAUACCUGGCAUGCCGAAGUCUCACAGCACCAUAGUCACGCCCCCCGGCUCCAAGUCUAUUUCCAACCGCGCCCUCGUUCUCGCCGCUCUCGGGCAGGGAACGUGCCGGAUCACGAACCUGCUGCAUUCUGACGAUACAGAGUACAUGUUGUCAGCCAUUGCUCAGCUUGGGGGAGCAACAUACGCCUGGGAAGAUGCCGGGGAGGUGCUGGCUGUCAAAGGCAAAGGCGGCGAGCUCAAUGCUAGCAAAGAGGCGUUGUACCUUGGCAACGCUGGUACCGCAUCUCGAUUCCUGACGACUGUUGUGGCUCUUUGUGCGCCGUCCGGAGUGUCUUCCACAGUACUUACCGGCAACGCUCGCAUGAAAGUUCGUCCAAUUGGUCCUCUGGUCGAUGCUCUCAGGGCCAAUGGGUUGGGAAUCAAGUACCUCGGGCAAGAGAAGAGCCUUCCUCUCCAGGUGGAUGCUGCCAAUGGCUUUGAGGGCGGUGUCAUAGAAUUGGCCGCUACUAUCUCAUCGCAGUAUGUGUCGUCAAUUCUGAUGGCUGCACCUUACGCGAAAAAUCCAGUCACCCUGCGACUCGUAGGCGGAAAGCCCAUAUCACAAUUUUACAUUGAUAUGACCGUCUCGAUGAUGCGGACCUUCGGCGUGAACGUCACGAAAUCGACAACGGAGCCCAAUACUUACCACAUUCCGAAGGCGGUGUACCAAAACCCAGCCGAGUACGUCGUGGAGAGUGAUGCCAGUUCCGCAACAUACCCCCUGGCUAUUGCAGCCAUUACCGGCACCACCUGUACUGUGCCCAACAUUGGUUCAGAGUCACUUCAGGGCGACUCUCGGUUUGCUGUUGACGUGCUGAGACCUAUGGGAUGCACGGUCGAGCAGACUGGAACUUCGACAACUGUCACAGGCCCGCCCAUUGGCGGUCUCAAGGCGAUUGAGCAUGUCGAUAUGGAACCUAUGACAGACGCUUUUCUCACAGCCUCCGUCCUAGCAGCUGCGGCAUCCGGAACAACCAAGAUAAGCGGCAUCGCCAAUCAACGCGUGAAAGAAUGCAAUCGCAUCGGAGCAAUGCGCGAGCAACUAGCCAAGUUUGGCGUUGAGACCGACGAAUUUGACGACGGGAUCAUCGUCACCGGCCGCGCCGUGCAGGGGCUUCAGCAGCCUACCGAAAGUAUUUAUUGCUACGACGAUCACCGCGUCGCCAUGAGCUUCAGCGUUCUUUCAGUGGUAUCCCCCAAGCCUGUGACGAUUCUUGAGAGGGAAUGCACUGGCAAGACAUGGCCAGGUUGGUGGGACACCAUGUCGCAGUUCUUCAACAUUGAGCUUGACGGCAUUGACGAGCACCCCAAGUCAGUGGCUACGGGACUUCCCACAAGAUCUCGUAAGGAUAAGUCUGUUGUCAUUAUUGGUAUGCGUGGCGCAGGCAAGACGACUGCGGGAAGAUGGAUGGCCGCGACACUCAAGAGGCCUUUUAUCGACUUAGACGAGGAGCUGGAACGGCGGUCAGGCAUGACAAUUCCGGAGAUGAUCAGAGGUUCCAAAGGAUGGGCAGGCUUCAGAAGCGACGAGCUUGAGCUUCUCCGGGAUGUCCUGGAGAAACAGAGCCACGGGUAUAUUUUCUCAUGCGGCGGCGGCAUUGUAGAGACUCCUGAAGCUCGGAAACUGCUUGUUGCUCAUUGCCAGAACAACGGCACUGUGUUACUCGUCCACCGUAAUACCAAGGAAGUCGUCGACUACCUUCUACAGGACAAAUCAAGACCGGCCUACAGAGAAGACAUUGAAGAUGUCUACUGGCGCCGGAAGCCCUUCUUCGAGCAGUGCAGCAACUUUGAGUACUUCAGCCCUCAUCCUCCAGGAACAUUGGCCACACGGGAGCCGCCGCUAGACUUUCGCCGCUUCGUCAAUGUUCUGUGCGGAGAGCAGAUACAAGUCAAUAAGGCACUGGCGAAGAAUCCCAGUUUCUUUGUUUCCCUUACGAUACCAGAGGUUGCGUCAGCUCUCACUCUGAUACCGGCUGUUGUGGUCGGUUCUGACGCCGUGGAGCUCCGCGUGGACUUGCUCCAGGACUAUUCUGAGGAGUUCGUUGCACACCAGGUUGCGCUUCUUAGAUCGGUGGCAGACGUGCCCAUUAUCUUCACUCUGCGCACACUGUCUCAGGGCGGAAAGUUCCCUGAUGACGCCCAUGAUCAAGCCCUUGGUCUGUACCAAAAGGCAAUUCGCAUGGGGGUUGAGUUCAUCGAUGUCGAGAUGACUCUUCCAGAGCGAGUCAUUCGAGCAGUUGUGGAGAACAAGGGACCUGCGCGUAUCAUUGCCUCCCACCAUGAUCCCCAGGGCAACUUAUCUUGGAAGAAUGGUUCUUGGAUCCCCUUCUACAACAAGGCCCUUCAAUGGGGUGACGUGAUCAAGUUGGUCGGUGUCGCCAAACGAAUCGAAGACAACUAUGACCUAGCCCAAUUCAAGUUGGAGAUGUUGUCUUCGCACAAAGUCCCGAUCAUUGCGCUGAACAUGGGGCAAGCUGGAAAGCUCAGCCGUGUCCUGAACGGCUGCCUCACCCCCGUCUCCCAUCCCAGUUUGCCAUUCAAAGCAGCCCCGGGGCAGUUGUCCGCGGCUGAGAUCCGGCAAGCUUUGGCGUUGCUUGGUGACAUCAACCCGCAAACCUACUAUCUUUUCGGUAGCCCCAUCGCAGCAUCGAGAUCACCUGCUCUGCACAAUACUCUGUUCGAUCUGGUCGGAUUGCCGCACCAUUACCUGCGCAAAGAAACGACUGACACAGCCGAUGUACGCGAGUUGAUCCGAGCUCCCGACUUUGGCGGCGCUUCCGUCACAAUCCCGCUCAAGCUCGACAUCAUGAAAGAAAUUGACGAAGUCUCGGAGGCUGCUCGCAUCAUUGGCGCUGUCAACACCAUCAUCCCAGUAUCAACCGGCGGAGACACGGCUAAGCUCAUCGGUGACAAUACUGACUGGUCAGGUAUGGUUCACUCUCUUCAGUCGGCAGGUGUUUCGUCCCAAUCGACAGAAGACGUUCAGUCUUCUGCCAUCGUUAUUGGCUCAGGUGGAACAACAAGAGCUGCCAUCUUCGCAUUGCACGCACUUGGCUUCGGGCCUAUCUACGCUCUAGCACGCAACAGUGGCAAUCUGGAAGCCCUGAAGGCGUCGUUCCCCUCAGAUUAUCGCAUCGAAGCUCUCAAGAAUGCCAGCGAAGUUCCUGCACUAGCAUCCUCGCCUACCGUUAUGAUCAGCACGAUCCCUGCCGACAAGCCAGUUGAUCCCUCGCUCCGAGAAACUCUCAUGGCGGUAUUGCGUCAAGACACGACAGUCGCUAGGAAACGCGUCCUUCUUGAGAUGGCCUACCAGCCUCGUCAUACACCACUGAUGCAAUUGGCCGAGGACGCCGGGUGGGAGACCAUCCCUGGCCUCGAGGUGCUCUCAGCUCAGGGCUGGUAUCAGUUCCAGAAAUGGACGGAUAUCACCCCUCUCUACCAGACCGCUCGCGCAGCCGUCUUGGGCGAGGAAGCGGCGUAAGAUGGCUAGGGCACACAGCAGGAGCCGACCAUUGAACAUGCGUGCCAGAUAUCAUUGGUGCCUUGUCUGUCUACCUAUGGGUACUGGAGUAAAAGAAGGAGCUGUAGGGACUAGCAUCAACCAUAUAGACCUAGUUGCUGAAUAGAUAACUAGACUUUGAAACUUCAC